AUGCUCGUGUCUCCUACUCCUUUUUCUUCAAAAAAACUGAGCCCGUGGCUGGCUGGGCGGGCCGCGCGUGAAAUGGGGAAAAAGGUAAGCCGACGAACGAACGGAGACAAAAAAAAAAACCACUACCACGAUGGCUCUAAAGAAAAAAAUUUUUUUCGCUUCCCACCCACCUUAACCCCGCUUCACACCCGCGCCUCAUACCCGCGCUCUGGAGUCAUCGUGUACGUAAGUAGAUCCAUCAUUGUCGGCUAUUUUCGUAUUUCGGAACACUGGAAGCUUGGAGGCCCCAGGAGUGUUAAUAAGGGACAAUGGGUCAUGAAUGGCCCAGAAUUCUGUAAUUCGAGGCAAGCGGCUAUUUCGACUCGAAUUAACAACAAAGCUUGGUGCGUGGUUAGAAACUUUCGGUCUCGACAACACCAUUACCCGCCGAAGGUUCUUCAUUCACUUGUGGGACGUGUUCUGAUUGUGCUCAAAGGAAAAGGAAAGCUAUUUAAGAGAUUCGAUUCGAUUUUGAGGGAUCCUUGA